AUGGAUAAAGCAGCCGAUACUGUCGAUGUGGUACACGACGAAAAGGCCCAUCACAAUGCGGUACCAACAUCAGCAUUCGCAACUCUCACCCGAGCCCAAUGCGUCAAGAAAUUCUGGCGUCUAUACAUCACCGGUCUCGGAGUGUCCCUAGCUGGAAUGUACGCUGGAUACGCCAACUCAGUCAUCGGAAGUAUCGUCGCCAAUGAGGGUUUCAUCUCCUACUUCGCGACAGUUAAAGACCCCGAAACCGGUAACCCGGCGUUGAAUGCUCAGCACAUUUCUCUCUGGUCAGCUUGUUACUUUGUCACAUCUAUCCUGAUCCAGUGCAUCGCUCCUAUCACUGCAGACAAGUUCGGUCGCAAGUUCAAUAUGUGGGGCGUUACGUUCUUCCUGACACUGUCUAUCGUGAUUCAGAUCAUCGCACCAAACUGGUGGACUCUUCUCAUCGCGAGGUUGGUGGCUGGCUGUGCGGGUGGCAUGAUGGGUACUUCGGUCAUGGUCUACAUGUCUGAAGUCGCGCUGCCGCAAUUUCGAGGUGCUUUGCUGGGUAGCUUCUCUCUCGCUUUCGCCCUUGGACAAGUCUUUCUUGCCAUUGCUCUAAAGAUUCUUGAAGACACGAAUCCCAUGGCUUUCCGGCAUAUCUUCUACUCCGAGUUUGUCUUUACAGGUCUUUGGCUAUUCCCAAUGAUAUAUCUACCCGAAACACCAUCAUGGUAUGCUUCUAAGGGUAGACACGAAGAAGGCAAGAAGGCACUGCGUCGUUUGGUCGGGAAUGUCAAAGACUACGAUGUCGACCGCGAAUACUCAGUCCUUCAAUACGAAAUGGAAGAAUCGUCAUCUACAGCCAAAGGUGAAAAUUCAGACUGGAAGGCUCUUUUCACGAGCAGAAUUAACAUGAAGCGCGCCGUCAUAUCGACUCUUCCAUUUACAUUCCAGAACAUUGUCGGAGUUCCACUCAUGUUUGGAUACACGACCUACUUCUUCCAACUCGCCGGCGUUGACGAUCCCUUCUUGGGAAACAUGGUCAAACAAAUGGUGCUUGUUGUCGGGAUCAUUAUUGCUUUCUAUACGGUUGAUAAGGUCGGGCGGAGAACGUUGGUGAUUUAUGGCGGUGCUGCUAUGGCGACGAUCUGUUUUAUUGUGGGUGGUCUUGGAUUCAUGAAGCAGACAACUGCUUCGGGGAUGGUAUUGGUGGCGCUCUGUUCUCUUUGGGCCUUCGUUUAUGCGAAUACUCUUGCACCAAUCGGCUGGAUCAGUCUAGUAGAGAUCUCGAGUCCGAGUCUACGCGCAAAGACAACUUCCAUUGCCGUUACUAUCCAAUACGCCACUGGCAUCUUAUUCAACUACACUGUACCUCUGAUGUUAUCGAACCAGAAUGCCGGCUGGGGUCAAAAGAUCGGGCUUUUCUUUGGUGGCAUCACCCUGGUCUAUCUAAUUCCUUGUAUCCUCAUGUUCCCCGAGACCAAAGGUCGCACAUAUCAUGAGCUGGAUGAACUGUUUGGACGACGUGUUCCUGCUUGGAAAUUCGCGUCUACUAAAACAUCGCAUCAGGAAGAGCUCGAGGCGAAGGUAGGUGAAGGAAAGGUCUGA